GGUUACUUGAUUAGUUAGAGUAUUUCUAAAUGCAGGAGUCUAGUUGUCGGUGGGUGAUAGUUGGUGUCCGCCGAUCGCCCAUGUGGACGGCAUCGCGUUCAUACUUUCCCGCCGUGCAGGGAACGUCGCGCGCCGUUUUGUCAACUCGUCUUUGGCCAUGUAGCGGGGAUACAUGCCCGCGGGUGGUAGCGGGGGCGGCAUCACGCCACUGGUCCGCGACGACGGCGCUUGCUGUUGGUACAGUAACUGGUGGUGCAAGUUCAUGCCGUACUCGUGCCCCAUCAUGGCCUUUCGGUCGAGACCGCCCCAGUCGACGACCGGCCCUUGAUGCAUUGCGUUGCUUUCGAUCGUGCGGAGGUCGCUGUCGCCGUGGGCGAACCUGCAUUCGUCCGUGGAGUAGUUGCAGCAGCCCUUGAGGUAGUAAAAACACAUUUCGGUUUUGUAGUUUUGGAGGCGGGGCGCAGGUCCGCCUGUUGACGGGGGCGGUGCCAUCAUGGGGUGGACGUGAUGGGCGAGUUGCGCAGGGAGCGGUGGUGGGAGCGGAGGGCCACCAGCUGCCGUCAUUCCAGCCAAGGUCGACUUUGGCGGCGCUGCGCUUCCUCCAUUCACAACCACCAGGUCGGCUUCUCCGUGAGCGAGAGGGCAAUCGCGGCGAGGCCGUGGGCAAGAUCCGCCAUCGACGUACAACGGGCACAGCCGAGUCUUGAGCGCCGUCGGCGCAAGAUGAUGGGCCUGGCGCGGAAAGAGGUCCGCUUCGCCAUGGGCAAACGAACACGUUCGGCGGUUCUUGUUGCAUUUGCCUUGUAGAAAAUACACGCACAGUUCCGUCUUCCAGUUGAGGGGUGCCGCCACAUGGGUGGUGACUGGGAGCGACUGGCGGGAUCUUGGGGCCGGUUGGAAGGACUUGUGCGAGUGGAUGAGACUAUCCAUGGUUGCCCCGACAUCGCUCUGCGACGCCAGAAACGCGGCAUGAACGUCUGCGACGGGGAUGUCGGGAAAAAGGUCGCACAGCACCGCCCACGUCGAACGGGUCGGGUCGAGUGUGCGUGCCGGCGGAGUGGUUUCCAUGCCGUCAUCCAGCGAAAAUGCGGUCUUUUCGGUAGGGUUGUCGUCUUGGGGGGUAGGUUGCUGCGGCACGACGCAGGGCGAGUCCAAAAGAAGCGUCGACGGAAGGUACUGGUCCAUGAGGCUGUGGCGACUCGAAGAUAGAGGAGACGAUGCCGAGCUUGGAUGGACGAGGUCAUCGUCGUCGGCUGUGUGGGCAUCCGCAGUGGGGUAAAACGAAUACAGAGGUGGGGGUUGCAUUGCUGGAUCGGUAGACAAAGAUGCAGGGUCGCCAUGUGGAGGUGCAGGUGUUCGUGUGGACGUGUUCGCCUUCGAUGACGUCCAGACAUGUCCGCCGCCGAGGUAUUCGGGAGACGUUUUCGCGUGUUCGAGCUUCCCAAUGCAUGCUUCGAGUUCUUUCUUCAGAUUCAAAGACACGAGGCGUUCGCGCACGAGUUCAUCCUUGAGUUUCGCGCGCAAGAGGUCGUGGUAUGCAAGCGCAUCGUCGAGUCGGGUGUGUGCCGCUUCCAACGCAGCCACUUUCAGGCGCAACGCGCGCUCGGCUUGACGGCUCCACGUCAAUUGCUGCACAAGUUGGAGGGUGUCGCUCGUGUUGUUGUCGGAUUCAAUCGUUGCAUGCGGUCCACCGUACUUGUCGAGAACGCUUUGCAAUCCUGCAUGCAUGGAGACACUGAUCGCGUCGAUGACGGUGACCAACGAGACAGAUCCAUCCGAAGGGACACGUAUAUCAUCAUGCGAUGCAUUGUUGUUGGUUGAGCUCAUUUCCUUGAGAGGUGCCGCUGCCGCCGUGUUUCCGGCGGCCGUGCCGACCUCCCGCACCAUCGUCUGAUCUGUC